GCUGCUAACGCGAGCUUAGCCUGUAGCGCUCCGCUCUGCCAAACUCCUAUAAAGAAAACGUCUCUUUAGUGGAAAACGUGUUUACCUGGAACAGUGUACCUUUCCCAGUACGGUCCAAUAAAAUUUCUAAACACGUACGAGCUCCUUUUCAGUUCGGCGUCGAUUCAAAACACCGUACAGUUCAUACUUUUGUACAUUUUCCACGUUUAAAAUGUGGUCGACUGUUAAAUGACCGUCAGUCCCCCAGUUUUUCCUGUUCCAGAAACACAGCUCGCUGGGCGGAGACGCGGCUCCACAAGUUGUGUUUUUGCUGCGUGGUGAGCUGAACGACACAGUGGGUCCUCUCGAUAUUUUAUAGCCACUGAACGACAGAGAUGAGUGUCCUGGGGCAGAGAGCCAGGGAGCUUGUGAACGGUUACGAUGCCAGUUUGGAGCAGCGGAUCGUUGGAGGAGGCUCCAGCCUGGUGUGUAAGGACGAGGAGCUGUGCAAGCAGGUGGAAAGGCUGCUGAAGGAUGGAGACGCACAGGAGACACACUGUCUGGGCCUGGAUCCGCUGCAGGUGAUGGAGGAGUCGCUGAUGGCAACAGCAGCCAUAGGUGGACGAGCCAAGGCCCGGGGUGGGCUGCAGGGGCUGGCGAAAGCCUUCGAAGUCCUGGAGCAAGCAGCACUCAAUCUGUACCUCGGUCCCUGGAGGGAGGAGUACAAAGUAGUGAAGAUGUACUCUGGUAUGUUCACCCACUAUAUCAAGCCAGUGCUGCCCAUGCCGCAGAUUCUCAAAGUGUUCGGCCUGCUGGGUUACCAGCCCUGCUCAGGAAGGCACGAGCAGCUUCGUCGCCAGUCGCCUGGUGCGAGUUCUGCCUCCCCAGGCAAUCUCCUCCACUUGUCUUGCGCUUUCUUCCUGGCGCGCUGCGAGUGUCGCCUCCUGUUGUCCGCCUUGGGGAAGCACGCCGGUGAGGCCGAGUGGGAGCUGAGUCUGGUGAGGGAGCGGCAGAGAGGAUGCAGUCUACAGGUGGCCCUGGAGAGCACCUGGACGGCCCUGGACUGCACCAGCGCGCUGAAGGAGAGCCCCCUGGAGCUCUCUGGGAUGAAUGGAGAGCUGGACCUGGAUCUGUACACAGAAGGGAACAGUGAGAAGGAGGUGGCCAUUAAGGACACUGACAGUCCCCAGUCUUUGUCCUGGGUGACUCUCAACAGCACAUUGCCCCCUGCCAUGGAGACACAAAGCAACGGGGUCACAUCCCCAUUUUCUUUAUCCACCUCUCCGACUAAAGAUCCUGUCUGUGUCUCCACGCUGAACUAUCAGCUGACCAAGACCUCCCCGAUGGGAUCCGGCACCACCGGACACCUCUCCGCCGCCACAACACAAGCUGGUCAACCCUACGAAGAGUCAAAGUUAGCAUUUGACAGAGCAGACUCACAGUCACGCGGUCUGACUGCACAGGCCAUGGGGAUUCUCAAGAGCAGGGCUUCACCGCCAUCUGAGGCCAGAUGUGUUUGCAGCUGUGUGCAGUCUGACCGUCUGUAUGGUCAGCACUGCAUCACUUGCAACACCUUCCACAACAUGACCUGUGCCUUGCUGAAAAGUUGCCAAAGUAAAGGCCACAGUCUGUCAUUGUCUGACACAACUGGAGAGGAUAUGAAAGAAAGCGGAUCACUGCAUAGAGGAAGUCUGAGAGAAGGAGGCGUGAGUUCAUCGCGUGAGUUAAGCCAAUCUCCACAGCCAAUCCCCUUCCAUGACUGUUGCGACCCAGCCCACCCAAACCCCGACUUCACGUGUGUGUCAUGCUGGGUCUUCCACUCUGGUGCCUGCAGGGGACUCGAGCAUUGCCAGACAUUACAUGAGGUCCAAAAACUGGGGGUCUGCUCAUGUGGGAAGCGAUGUGUGAGAAACCCUCUAGUUUUGUGUAGAUAUUGUGGGGCUGAAUAUUGCAAUGAUUGUUGGUAUAGGCGACCUGUUGAAUGCGCCUGUGGCCAAACAUUUGAUCAGUCAUCCUCUGUGUGAAAGAAUUGCAUUGAAUAGGCACAUCUAGCAAAAUCACGGUGCCUUAAAUCCACACAGUGGAAGCAGAAUUCCUUUACAGUAUGAGCAAAACAACAAGCUGAAAUGUUGCCUUGUAUUCACAAUACUUACCGGUAUGUGUAGUUUUCAUGUUUUUUUUUUUUUUUUUUAAUUUGGGUCCCCUUUUUGAGAUCUGCACUUAUUCUGUGUUUCAAUUACUCUGUAAGUGGCCAUAUUUACCAUGAUCAAUAUUUUUAAUAUAACAAAUGUUUUAUGUUGGGAACUGAAGUUGUAGUUACAGUUUGUCCUUCAGGGUCAUUUAAAUGCAACUGGGCGCAAAGCACAAGGAAACCUGUCGUGACGUUUUUGUUGCCUGCCAGACGGUAAUAAAAAUAGAUGCUAAAAAAGG